CGUGAGAAUCCACAUACAUCCUCGCCCCUCAUUUUCCCAACCGAAACGAACCAACGCCCACCGCUUCUCUCCCGAUUCUCUGGUUUUCCUCUCUUCUCAUCUCCUCUUUCGUCAUCCAUGGGGUCUGUAAGCGCUUGGGGCAACCAACCCCUCAAGGCCGUAGACGAAGAGAUCUAUGAUCUAAUCGAGAAGGAGAAGCGCCGCCAAUGCAGGGGUAUAGAGCUAAUCGCCUCUGAAAACUUCACCUCCUUCGCCGUCAUCGAAGCCCUCGGCAGCCCUCUCACCAACAAAUACUCCGAGGGCAUGCCCGGAAACCGCUACUACGGCGGCAACGAGUUCAUUGACGAGAUCGAGAACCUCUGCAGGUCUCGCGCUCUCCAGGCCUUCCAUUUGGACUCCGCCAAGUGGGGCGUCAACGUUCAGCCGUAUUCCGGCAGCCCCGCCAACUUCGCCGCUUACACUGCAGUGCUCAAUCCCCAUGAUCGGAUCAUGGGUCUCGAUCUCCCUUCUGGUGGCCACCUCACGCAUGGCUAUUACACUUCCGCCGGGAAGAAGAUCUCCGCCACUUCCAUAUAUUUCGAGAGUUUGCCGUAUAAAGUGAAUUUUGAAACUGGGUACAUCGACUACGAUAAAUUGGAGGAGAAGGCCUUGGACUUUAGGCCUAAAUUGAUCAUUUGCGGUGGGAGCGCUUACCCCAGGGACUGGGAUUACAAGAGGUUCCGAUCUAUUGCUGAUAAGUGCGGCGCGCUGUUGCUCUGUGACAUGGCUCACAUUAGCGGUCUCGUUGCUGCUCAGGAAGCUGCUGAUCCUUUUGAGUACUGUGACAUCGUCACAACCACAACCCACAAGAGCUUGAGGGGGCCCAGGGCUGGUAUGAUCUUCUACAGGAAGGGCCCUAAACCACCCAAGAAGGGUCAACCAGAAAAUGCUGUUUAUGACUUUGAAGACAAGAUCAACUUUGCUGUUUUCCCCUCCCUCCAGGGCGGUCCGCACAAUCACCAGAUUGGUGCCCUUGCUGUUGCCCUGAAACAGGCCAUGUUGCCAGGGUUCAAGGCAUAUGCUAAGCAAGUUAAGGCCAAUGCAGUUGCCCUUGGAAACUACCUGAUGAACAAGGGAUAUAAACUUGUCACGAGUGGGACUGAGAACCACCUUGUUCUAUGGGAUCUUCGACCCCUUGGGUUGACUGGCAAUAAGGUUGAGAAGCUAUGCGACCUAUGCAACAUCACUGUGAACAAGAAUGCUGUAUUUGGUGACAGCAGUGCCUUGGCUCCUGGAGGCGUACGAAUUGGUGCACCCGCCAUGACAUCCAGAGGUUUGGUUGAGAAGGACUUUGAGCAGAUAGCAGAGUUCCUCCACCGUGCUGUGACCAUUGCCUUGAAUGUCCAAAAGGAACACGGGAAGCUCUUGAAGGACUUCAACAAGGGUCUCGUAAACAACAAGGAUAUUGAGAACCUAAAGGUUGAUGUUGAAAAGUUUGCAUCCUCAUUCGACAUGCCUGGCUUCCUCAUUUCUGAGAUGAAAUACAAGGAUUAGGUCAAAAAUCACCCAUCACAGGUCAACAAAUCAUAAAUGAAGCAUCCAUUCGAAAGAAAAAGAAUUAGCAGUAGUUGAAUUGUGUUUUGCUUGGAAUUUUUUGUGUUACGAGAUUUGGAGGUAACAUUCGACGACUUAAUGUAUUAGUUGAAUUUCUUUUCUUUCCUGAGAAAUAAAAGAACCAAAUGGCUGGUGCAAUAGCAUGUGAUGUAUUAUUAUACCGUUGCUUAUAAAUGAUAUUUUCGAAA